AUGGCAAGACUAUAUACAAAACCAAACGAUGAGAGUAGAGUUGGGAAGACAAAUGUUAGAAGCAGAGCCAAGGAGAGUGUAAAAGAUACAGUUGCAGCUGGGAACGAUGGGACGGAAGACGAGUUGCCAUCCAGGAACACAGGCGGGAGGAAAAAGCAGAGCGGGAGCGAGGACAGCACUAGACGGACCACCAAGUCUCAGGAACACAUUGAUGACCAGGAGAAGUUGACAGCCCAGCUAUCUGAUCUAUCCUUGACUUCUAAAAGGAACAAAAAGGUGCAGCCAGCAGGAGGGGUUAAUCUAGAGCGCGGUGAUGAGGAAGAUGUGGUUAGAAGGCUUACUCAACUAAGGCUCCAGGGGGUUUGCCAUUCAGAUGAGGAAAAGGAAACAGAGAACAAUAUAUCUGACAAAGCUGAGGACAGAGUCCAGAAUGUCAAAAAGGGGGGGAUUAAAUAUAUAUCUAGCCUUCCUGGAAGAAGAUCUAGCGACAGUGAAGGCCAAGGAGAAGAAAGUAUCAUUGGGCCCACUGAUGCAGAUGAUACCGAUGGAUUUGAUUCAUUGGAUGAUUUUAUCGUUUCUGAUAAUGAAUCUUUGGGCCUCUAUGAAGAUUCAGAAUUUGAAGACGAAGAAGAAGAGGAUGGUAAUGAUUAUAAGGAGGACCUGAAAGAGAAUGUUAAAACUCAUCCCCCUAGCCAGACACAUCUAAAUUCAGACACAGAACCAGAGCCAGAGCCACAAAGUCGGCCACGCAGGAGGCUGAUUAGAGGCAGGAGAAAACCAACCUGCUCAAGCUCACCGCAUGCUCUAGGUAAUGGAACUUGCGACAUAGCUGAAAAUACCCCAGGUCCUAGUGCAGAGCCAUUGUUGUCUUCCAAUAUAGAGAACAACACAACUUGUCCUGCAGGUCAAGAGGAGACAGGACCAGAUACAGACAUCACAACAGAUCUGCUAUCGGACUUCAAACUCUUCCUCCCACCUCCAAUAUCUUCUACAGCUUCAGAAGACUUCAAAAAUCAAAACAAAGCCCCUAUGGACUUGACCCCUACCAAGAAAAUGGGCAAAAGAGCCAAAAAUUCAUCUCAAGGAACAACCCAGCCUUCUCCAGAGCCUCCUCAGGAAAGGAAUUCCCAGAUGGGUUUCGUUACCCCUCCGACAUCCCCUUCAAAACCUCGCCUUAAGUCUCCUUCGAAGUCACAGAAGAAUCGUAUUCCUCCAUCCCCACAUAGGCCUAGCAUUGAUAUGUUUUGGAGCCAGGAGGUUGUCAACCAGUGGAACGACAAAUUUUCUCCUCGAAAGACGCAAACUCCUAAGUUUCACAGACGACAUUUCGACAUUUUCUCGGACACCGAUGAAGACGACGACGAGGAGGACCAAAGCCUUGGUAAUCAGGAUGACGACUGUAUGAUUGCAGAUGUUUCUAUUCCGAAACAUUUAGGCACCCCUGAUCCUGAUUCCCUGGGUGACAAGCUACCGCUACAUACUUCCCCAAUUAAAAAUAAUGCUAGCCCAAGUAAGAAACAAACCAAAGCAUCAGCAUCGACCAAAAAAGCAUUGGCCGCUAAAAGGCGGGAAUUCGAUGAGCAGAAGCAUGCACUUGCUACAGAUUUCUUCAACAAGUUGGAUAACAUGGUGACUGGAGGUGAAAUCUUGAAACUCACCAAAUCGGCUGGUGGUGUGAAUAUUGUUUGGAAUAAUAAAUUGGCAACCACAGCCGGCAGAGCAACUUGGAAAAAGGAGCUGAUCACGAAGACUAGAGAUUCAACCGAGCAACAGCUCAUUGGCUCUUCUUCGGCGAAUCUCUGUUCUCCAAAUACGUCCUCACCACACGCACCAUCGGCAAUUAACUCAUUGGCUAAACCAAAACUCUCACCAUCUUCAAAGCGUUCUUCAACCACUCGCUCAAUCAGGCAUAAUGCAACCAUUGAACUGGCUGAGAAGGUAAUCGACUCAGAGGACAGACUGCUUAACACUCUGGCGCAUGAGUACUGCCACUUAGCCAACUUCAUGAUAUCAGGUGUUCUCAACCAGCCACAUGGCGCAAGUUUUAAACAGUGGGCUAAGAAGUGCAAGACAGCACUGGACUCUAACCCAGAAUACUCCGGAAAAGUGGAGGUUAACACGAAACACUCAUACUUGAUCAAUUACAAGUACAUGUGGUGCUGUGAGACAUGUGGACAAGAGUAUGGCCGGCACUCGAAGAGCAUUGACCCAGCCAAAGUUCGAUGCGGGAAGUGUUACGAUGGGCAGUUAUCCCAGGUUAAACCAAAACCAAGAGGCAAAGCAAAGGCGUAG